GAAGAACCGUCUGACAAGUUGGAGUGAUUUGCGUAAAAUUUUCGAUUGAGCGGUGUCAUUACGAUACAAAAAACUAAUUUAUAGCGAAAGUACGAGUGUGAGAUCGGGAAAAGUACUUUCAAAAUGACUGUAUCAAACAAGAUGGACGUGGACCUCGCGAAACCCACAGGCGAGGGUCUGCGUUCGUAUUACAUCCAGAAAAUUGAAGAAUUGCAGCUGAUUGUGGCGGAAAAGAGUCAAAAUUUGAGGCGAUUGCAAGCACAGAGAAAUGAACUGAAUGCAAAAGUUCGCAUGCUCCGCGAAGAACUUCAACUUCUUCAGGAACAAGGAAGCUACGUAGGUGAAGUUGUAAAACCAAUGGACAAAAAAAAAGUGCUCGUCAAAGUCCACCCCGAAGGAAAAUUUGUAGUUGAUAUCGACAAAAACAUUGACAUCAAUGAUGUGACUCCAAAUUGUCGUGUUGCUCUUCGAAAUGAAAGCUAUACUCUCCACAAAAUUCUUCCCAACAAAGUAGAUCCCCUCGUUUCCCUUAUGAUGGUGGAAAAAGUCCCCGAUUCCACAUAUGAAAUGGUUGGCGGUCUGGACAAGCAAAUUAAGGAAAUCAAAGAGGUCAUUGAGCUUCCGGUGAAACAUCCUGAAUUGUUCGACGCUUUGGGCAUUGCCCAGCCGAAAGGUGUACUUCUGUACGGACCUCCAGGAACAGGGAAGACAUUGCUGGCUCGAGCCGUCGCUCAUCAUACAGAAUGCACAUUCAUCCGUGUUUCCGGUUCGGAACUCGUACAAAAAUUCAUUGGCGAGGGAUCGCGUAUGGUUCGAGAGUUGUUCGUUAUGGCACGUGAGCAUGCACCAUCGAUCAUUUUCAUGGAUGAAAUUGAUUCCAUUGGUUCGUCUCGUAUUGAAUCGGGUUCCGGUGGAGAUUCUGAAGUACAGCGAACUAUGUUGGAACUGUUGAAUCAGUUGGACGGCUUUGAAGCAACAAAAAAUAUUAAAGUCAUUAUGGCAACGAAUCGAAUUGAUAUCCUCGAUCCGGCUCUUCUGCGUCCUGGUCGUAUUGACAGGAAGAUUGAAUUCCCACCACCAAACGAGGAAGCACGUUUGGAUAUUUUGAAAAUUCAUUCGCGAAAAAUGAACCUGACGAGAGGCAUAAAUCUGAGGAAAAUUGCAGAAUUGAUGCCGGGCGCAUCGGGUGCAGAAGUGAAGGGUGUGUGCACAGAAGCGGGUAUGUACGCGCUGCGAGAACGGCGAGUUCAUGUCACACAGGAGGAUUUCGAAAUGGCCGUAGCGAAAGUCAUGCAAAAGGACUCCGAGAAGAAUAUGUCGAUUAAGAAAUUAUGGAAGUAGAUUUUAUUAGACCUAAAAUAUUGUGCGUUUUUUUGUAAUUGUGUCCGCUUAUGAUUUCUCUCUUAUUUUGAUUCAUAUUUUUUCGAAUGAAUAAAAUGAUACGUUACGAAAAUU